AUGAUGGGGACAACCUUGCCGGGGGAUGGCAAUGAGUUUGACCUGGACCAACUGAUUCACAAGUUAAAGCGCGAUGGCGAUAUCGUGCCAGAAAUCUUGCCGGAGCGAGUGCUAAAACUUGCUUGUCAGCAAUUAAAGAACAUCCUCAUCGAGGAGAGCAACGUGCAACCGGUGCAGUUGCCAGUAGUGAUAUGUGGCGACAUCCAUGGUCAAUAUUUUGAUCUGUUGGAGUUGUUCAACAUCGGUGGGCAAAUUCCUGAAAAAAAUUACAUAUUCAUGGGCGACUUCGUCGAUCGAGGUUACAACAGCGUUGAGACGUUUGAGUUGCUCAUGUUGCUAAAGUUGCGUUAUCCCGCCAGCAUCACAUUGCUUCGCGGCAACCAUGAAUCCCGUCAGAUCACGCAGGUCUAUGGGUUUUAUGAUGAGUGCUUGCGCAAGUAUGGCAAUGCAAAUCCAUGGAAGUACUGCACUGAGGUGUUUGACUACUUGACUUUGUCUGCCAUUGUGGAGAACUCUAUUUUUUGCGUUCAUGGAGGGCUAUCACCGGAUGUCAAGGUCCUCGAUCAAAUCCGCACGAUCAAUCGUGUGCAGGAGAUACCACAUGAAGGAGCUUUUGGUGAUCUCGUGUGGUCAGAUCCUGAAGACAUCGAGGCGUGGGCGGUCAGCCCGAGAGGGGCUGGUUGGCUUUUCGGGGAGCGGCCGACGCAACACUUCAACCGUCUCAAUGGCCUGGAUCUCAUUGCCCGGGCACAUCAGCUAGUGCAGGAGGGCUACAAGUAUAUGUUCAGCGACUCGCAGCAGGAGAGCAAGACUGGACUGCUGGUCACAGUUUGGUCAGCUCCAAACUAUUGCUAUCGGUGUGGAAAUGUAGCAUCUAUCCUGGAUAUUGAUGAACGGAACCAGCGUGAGUGCUCUUGGCAUGUGCCAGUUUGA